UCGACGCCGGCGGCCAGCAUGGCCACGGUAAAGUCGGAGCUCCUGAAGCCGGUGGCCUCGGAGAAGCCGGCGGCGCACAACAAGGUGUCGGUGAUCGGCACGGGGUCGGUGGGCAUGGCGUGCGCCGUCAGCCUGCUGCUGAAGGGGCUGAGCGACGAGCUGGCGCUGGUGGACGUGAAGGAGGACCUCCUGCGCGGCGAGACGAUGGACCUGCAGCACGGCAGCACGUUCCUGAAGAUGCCCUCCGUGGUGUGCAGCACGGACCUGGGCAUCACCGCCAACUCCAGCCUGGUGAUCGUCACGGCCGGCGCGCGCCAGGCCAAGGGCGAGUCGCGCCUCAACCUGGUGCAGCGGAACGUGGCCAUCUUCAAGUCGGUGAUCCCCGGCGUGGUGCAGCACAGCCCGCGCUGCAAGAUGAUCGUGGUCACCAACCCGGUGGACGUGCUGACCUACGUGGCCUGGAAGUUGAGCGCCCUGCCCCCGGCCCACGUCAUCGGCAGCGGCUGCAACCUGGACACGGCGCGCUUCCGCUUCUUCAUCGGGCAGAAGCUGGGCAUCCACUCGGAGAGCUGCCACGGCUGGGUCCUGGGCGAGCACGGCGACUCGAGCGUGCCCGUGUGGAGCGGCGUCAACGUGGCGGGCGUCCCGCUGCGGGAGCUGAACCCGGGCCUCGGCGGCGACCAGGACCCCGAGCACUGGGAGAAGAUCCACAAGGACGUGAUCGCCAGCGCCUACCAGAUCAUCAAGAUGAAGGGCUACACCAACUGGGCCAUCGGCUUCUCGGUGGCCGACCUCACGGAGAGCAUCCUGCGCAACCUGCGGAGGACGCACCCCGUGUCCACCGUGGCCAAGGGCCUCUACGGGAUCCAGGAGGAGGUGUUCCUGAGCGUGCCGUGCGUGCUGGGCGAGAACGGCAUCGCCGACCUGGUCCGCGUCAAGCUCUCGCGCGACGAGGAGGCCCGCCUGAAGAAGAGCGCCGAGACGCUGUGGGGCAUUCAGAAGGAGCUCAAGAUCUGAGGGCGCCCAGCCCCGCGUCGAGGCGGGCAGGCGAGCCCGAGCCGGCCCGCAGCCCCGCACACCGGUGGAGAGCCGCCCUGUUGAUGGCCCUUGGAUUCUUUUAGAUAGCAUCUAGAUACCGGAUAGGACUUUCCACAGUUCCUCGGUGACGGCGGCAAAGAAGCGGUUUUGCUGGUGCUGGACGCGCCAGUGUUUGCCUUCACAAUGUAUGUAGUUGCCACGUAGUCCAAAAGCAAGUAAGAUGUUGGUGUUGGUUGGUUUCUCAAAGUUCUGAUUCUCUUCACUAGCACGUGAGUGUGUGCCCGUUUGUUCUCGUUCUCGUUCUCGCUGACUUACCCGCGAUUUUAAAAGU